AUGGGGCGGCUUCGCGCGUGCUGCCGUCUCCGCCGCUUCCUCGGGCCGCCGCCGCCGCCACAAGCGCCGCCACCGGGCCAACUUCUGGCUCGCGGGUCCAACGCUGGCGCGGCUCACUUACCGCCUUUCUCGAGGCUUUUCUCAUCAGCUUCGGCGGCCGCGGCCAUCGCGCCCCACGACGCACGCGACUCGGGCCUCGGCGGCUCGGCGUACUGGGCUUGGAUUCGCGCGGCGACCGAGUCGGCCCCGGCGCCCUCGCCGCCACAGGAGGAGGAGGACGAGGGCCCGGCACGCUACAUCCCCGUCAAGGCCUACUUCCUCUCCACCAGCAUUGAUCUGAAGAGCAUGCAAGCGGAGCACGGAAAUGAUAUCGUACCUCCGUCGACCCGUUCGCUUAAUUACAUUGCACUUCGGUACUCCGAGUUCCCACCUGAGAUUAUGAACAUUGGAGUGAAGGACAAUAGAUUUUGCUAUCGCUAUGUGGUUGUUUUUCAGUAUGGUUCUGCUGUGCUUUUCAACAUUGCGGAUCAUGAAGCCGAGUACUAUCUUGAUAUAAUUAGGAAGCAUGCUUCAGGAUGGCUUGCAGAGAUGAGAAAAGAUGAAAUAAGUUGCCACUGUUUUUUGUCCACUGUGACUGAGCUUUGGCAUAUGCCCCUUGGAAUUGCGCUGUUUGACUCAUCAUUAUGCAGUGGUCGAAAACCAUCCUUGACAACAUGGAUGAAAGGAGGUCUUGACUAUAUAGUUCUUAAAAGUUUAGACACAGACGGGAUUCGCAUAAUUUCAAGUGUUCUUGGUCAAAGUAUCGCCCUUGAUCAUUAUAUUCGGCAGGUCGAUGAUAUGGUUGAGGAAUUCACUGAAAUUAAUCGUGUCAUGGAAAAAACUGGCAACUUCACCAUGCAAAGAAAAAAACUCUUUCAACUUGUGGGCAAGGCUAAUUCUAAUCUUGCAGAUGUUAUCAUCAGACUUGGUCUUUUUGACAGGUCGGAAAUUGCUUGGAAAAAUGCAAAUUAUGCACAAAUUCUAGAGUAUCUUCGGGAGGAAUAUGAACUCAAUCAGCGUUUUGGAAGCCUUGACUUCAAACUGAAAUUUGUGGAGCACAACAUUCAUUUUCUUCAAGAGGUCCUCCAAAAUAGACGGUCGGAUCUGCUGGAGUGGGGUGUCAUAAUACUGCUGAUUAUUGAGAUUGCCAUCUCAUUAUAUGAAAUUGUCAAGGACUCCAUGAUCUCUUAG